AUGGUGGGCUACCACCCGCGACCUCUUGAUUCCCACUCAUCAGCACGUCACCCGGGCCGACCCAAGAUCUCCAAAUUGCCAGUAUCUCACAACCACGUAUCUCCUUUCCCGGGUGCCAUCCAGGCUUCUGAACUGAGCAGGAGAGUUUCCAGCGCGCCACAAUCCCAGCUUCCCCUCGACCCAUCGACCAUGGCUGACGAGGAGGCCAACCCGCUCAUCUCGACGCAGAAGUCGUCAGACUCUCUCCAAGCAGCUCUACACCCACUAGUUCUCCUCACAAUCUCGGAUUAUAUCACCCGGCACACUCUGCGCCAGCAGAGUGGUUCUGUCGUCGGCGCACUACUCGGCCAACAGAACGGUCGCGAGAUCACCCUCGAGCACGCCUUUGACUGUCGGACGACAACAUCGGAGGGGGGAGAUGUCAUCCUGGAUAAGGAGUGGUUUGAUGGCCGUCUAGAUCAGAUGCGCCAAGUCCACAAGGACCGCCAGCUUGACCUCGUCGGCUGGUACACUCUCCUGCCCACGACUGGCCCUACACCCGAUAUCCUUCCUCUACACAACCAGAUACUUUCUGGAUACAAUGAAUCCGCAGUACUACUCGCCUUCCACCCUGAGAGCGUCCCGACAGACUCCGUCGGUGGCAAGCUACCCAUCAGCAUAUACGAGAGCAACUACGAGGUUGACGACGCAAGUAAAGCCAAGGGAGAGGAUGCUUCGUCAAAGGGCGGCGAUGGUGACCAAGAGAUGAAAGACGGCAACACCCAGGAGCAGACGCUGAAGCUUAAGUUCCGGCAUCUGCCAUACUCGGUCGAGACUGGCGAAGCCGAGAUGAUCAGCAUUGACUUUGUCGCCAAAGGAGCGACUAAUGCGGCAGCUACAGACAGCGCGGAGAAGAAGAAGAAGAAGAAGCCAUCGCAAGGGGCAACCGAGACAAAGGGAAAACAACUAGCGUCCGGUCAAGACACGGAUGCCUCGGAUGUCAACGAUCUGGCGGCACUUUCAAGAGAGGAGGAGGAGCUCAUCGCCUCAAUAACGACCAGAGCCAAUGCUGUCAAGAUGCUGCACUCGCGCAUACAGCUCGUCACCAAGUACCUGGAGCAACUGCCACCGUCCUAUCUUGCCACAGAGGGCCAAGCUCCGCCCGAAGCAGCUCCGGGCCAACCGCAUACUACGCCUUCUCACACCAUCCUCCGCUCCAUCCAGGCACUGGUCAACCGGCUGCCUAUCCUCCAGCCGGCCUCCACCGAGGCCUUUGAGAGGGAGAUGCAGAGCGAGGCCAACGACGUGCACCUCAUCGCGCUGACCGACCAGGUGAUGCAGAGCAUCAAGGAGAUCCGCGAGAUCGGCAGGAAGUUCAGCAUUGUCGAGCAGGGUCGUAACCAGUCCAAACGGCUGCCCGAUGUCAACACGCCGGGCGGCACGCAUGGCUUCAGCCUGCCUGGUGCGGGAGACAUCAUAAUGUGA